CUGGCUUGCCGGUCGGUAUGAUGAAGGUGCGCUUCGCCAAUUCCAACAACAAGAGUUACAUUACAAUGGUAGCUUAACAAAAUGGAAAUCGAAACCAAAAAAUAUCCAAAAAAGCUUUUUUUAUAUUCAGAUCACAUUAAGCAAGCCGCACGAUCAGGUGGCUUAUAACGGGCGCGAUAUAAUAAUAAUUUAAAAAAAACAGACUGCAAUAACAGAUGGUAUAGAAAAAUCGAUCGCAGAAAAAUACUGCCUACUCGUACCUUAUUAGUUCAAAUUCAAAAAUACUUACCUCUCGAUAAAAAAAUGCAAGAUCGAUAAGUAAUAAAGCACCACCAUCCACAUAAUAUCGCAUAGCUAAGCCGAUUAGAGUCAAAUCGAGUCAAGUCGUCGAGAGUCGUAAUGGCAAUUUAGUUCGAUUCCAUUUAAAAGAAUUGAAGCGUGACUUAAGUUAAAUACAAGGAAAAAUUAACAAUAAAUAUAAUUAAAAUUGUUUAAUUCGCGACUUCUAUAUGUACAUACGUGAAAAAUGAAAAUCGUUACCCAGUUUGUUUAAUCAGUGUGCUAACUUUUAAAUCAGUGUAGCACGACACCCCGUUAGCCUAGUUCGUGCUAAAUUGUAAAAUUUGUUAAUUUAUCAAGUUCAUUGUUAUUAUUAUUAUUAUUUUUUUAUUUGUUGCAAGUGGUUUUUAAAUAUAUUCACUUGAUAUUAUCGUUAACGAUGCAAUCUGAGCCUAAAAGUGGGAAAAAAAUAAAAGGGGAACCGAAGGAACGUCCACUUUUUAUGCAAAAUGGAAAUCAAAUAAAUUCCAUCGAUGGCGGUUCCAAUGAUGAGAUUAAGGAGUUUAGAAGAGCCCUACCACAGUUUCUUGCAGUAAAUGUCAAAAAUACUCUUCUCUUUGUUUAUGGAAUGACCUUGGGAUUUCCCACUAUAGUUAUUCCAGCCAUUCAAGGAGGUGAUGGCCGUGAGCCAAGUGAUAUAAUUUUAAACAGGGAACAAAUAUCAUGGUUUAGUUCUAUAAACUUAAUUUGUGUUCCUUUGGGAUGUCUAUUUUCUGGAGCUUUCAGUCAGCCUAUUGGAAAACGUAAGGCUAUGCAAAUUGUGAAUUUACCGAUUUUGGGUUCAUGGCUGCUUUUUCACUUCGCAACAAGCACUGAGCAUCUUUAUGCAGCUCUUUGCUUAGCUGGUAUUGGCGGAGGUCUUAUGGAAGCUCCGGUUCUCACAUAUGUUGCGGAGAUAACCGAGCCUAAAUAUCGUGGUAUCCUUUCAGUUUUGGGAUCAACGUGUGUUAUCGGUGGUGUUUUUGUACAAUUCAUUUUAGGAUCAUUCUUAGACUGGCGGACGAUCGCAGCCAUUAAUACAGUCUUUCCAGUUAUAUCUAUUGUGGCUUUAUUUUUUAUACCUGAAAGCCCGACGUGGCUGAUAAGACAACAAAAAUUCAAAGAAGCCAUCAGAGCCUUGCAGUGGCUACGUGGAUGGGUUCCUGAAUAUAAAAUUGAAGAAGAAUUUAAUAUGCUAUAUGACCAAUUGAUAACCAAACCAGCCAUAGAUGAUGCCAAUGAUGGUGUAACAGAUGCAAAUAAUCGAACUUGUUAUCAACGAAUGAAAAUGUUUCGCAAGCAAACAUUUUGGUUUCCAUUCAUAUUGGUUUCGUUUACAUUCUUUGUUGGACAUUUUUCAGGAAAAACUCCAUUGCAGACAUAUGCCGUCCAGAUCUUCCAUACUUUAAAGGCACCUAUCAAUAAAUUCCAUGCCACAAUUCUACUUGGUGUUGCAGAAAUGAUAAGUACAAUACUCUCUGUGUGUUUAGUACAUUUCACAGGAAAGCGACCGUUAGUACUUAUUUCAACAAUAGGCUGUGGACUUUGCUUUUUUAGCACAGGAACGUACGCUUAUUUUUUGAAUGUUAUUCCUGGUUUUGCUAUUGACAAUAUUGUUGUUAAUGCAUCUUCGUUAGUUCCAAAAGACCAUCUGAUAACUGUGGAAAAUAUAACAAAUAUUUUCGAAUACAAUCCAAUUCUCGGAAAGGAUCCAGAAAAUGCAGGCAUGAUGGGCCAUGAUAUUACAACGCUUUUACCAGAGUUUUUAGAUACAACUCUGCCUCCGUCCCUAGGUCAUCUUGUUGAAGAACCAUCGGUGAGAGUGAAAAGAUCGAACGAUAGCUUCUAUACGGAUCCUGCCGAAUUUAACCCUUUCGAUAGUCUUCCAAUAUUUGAUUAUGGAGAUGUUAAUGAAACAACCGAGAUAUAUCAUCAAAGUGAAAAUAUUAAAGAAGAAACCACUACUGAGGCUUCAACAGGAAAAGAAGAAGUAACUUCAUCUAGUGAUUUGAAUAAAGAUAUUCCAAGUAAAGACCAAAUAUCGAGUGAUAUUUUACUGCCAAUACCAAAGCAAGAUAAAAACAACUUGGUCUGGUUACCGUUAAUACUCUUGUUGGGAUCGGCAUUCUUUGCCCAUCUUGGUAUACGGAUGAUUCCGUGGAUUUUAAUCGGAGAGGUGUUUCCUGCUUCUGUGCGAAGUACAGCUUCAGGAUUGGUUAGCGCAGUCGGUUAUAUAUUUGGAUUUCUAGCUAAUAAGCUGUUCAUUCAAAUGUUGGCUACAAUGGGCUUACCUGGAACGUUUUGGUUUUAUUCAUUUGUAGCUAUCGGUGGAGCAACGGUCUUAUUUUUCGCUCUUCCAGAAACUGAAAACAAGACAUUAGCGGAAAUUGAAAGUUACUUUUCAAAAAAGACGAAACGUGAUCGGAAGACUUCAAUCACUUAUGAUCAUUCGAAGCCACCAUUUCAAACAGAUGUCGAAAAUAAUAUGAAUAGUUUAAAAGUUACAGCUACUCAAAAAGCUAUUCAGCUUCAACAAAGUGAUCUUGUCAUAUCCCAUUCGAUUGAUCAACCAGAUGGCCGUUCCAAUCUUAGUUAUGAAGAUACAGAAGAGAAAAAUAGCACGACACAUUUGUAAUAGUUAAUGUAUCUGUAAAUAUAUAAUGGUUGUCAAUACAUUAUGUUAAUAUAGGUAUAUUAUGCUUGCUUGUAUGAUAUAUUUAUAAGUGCCAGUUUUUAAUUAUGUAAUUAAUUUUAAUCGUUUAAUGUACAUAUAAAAUAGUUUUAUUAAAAAGUAC